AUUUUCUUUUAUUUGAAAACAAGAAAAGGUGACGGGGCAGUAAUGAUGACAGUGCAAACUCAACUAUCGCGAUGAAAAUAAACGCAAACAGCGGAAAGCGUGGCUUUUGGGACAGUCAGUGCCACCUAGUGUCGGUCCGGUGGUGCGAGGAAACGUGUCCAACUCCGAUAUGCUCUCGCUGUCACUAGGCGAAUUUGUGCUUUCAGUCGGCGCCACCAUAGCGCUAGAAUCUUGUUCCGGCUGGCAUUGUCGCACCGCGUGUGCGUUCCGAGUGGCAGAUAUGACUGGAAGAUGAUAAUCUUUCCUAGGUGCAUAAUCGCACAGCGCGAUUAAACCGGACGUUCGCGCCUGUCAAUGGUGAUGACUGAACGGAGCGCACUAUACCUUCAGUUAUGCUUCAGCCACGCGCUCCACUGUUCCCGUUUCUUUUCAUCGCGAUAGUAAGUCAAUUUUAGACAUCGUAGAAUACCUAGAACACAUGGUGAAUUGUCCUUUCCGCAAUCAGUAUGCUUUACACAUACGGCAAUACGCUGUGAGUUUACCGUGUUGCUAUGGCGACACCUUGUUUGCAGAUAUGUCUACGAUCCCCUGGUUGGCGGUAGGAGAGGAGCAAUUUGGAUAUUGAUGGGCGCGGCGUUUGCGUUCGGCUUCAGCUGGCUUUGGCAUGGCAUGGACAGGGUGGCUACCGUGUGGUCCAUGCUAAGUGUGUUCGGCAUCGCCACAGAAGUGCUUGCUGCUGAAGCCCGGAAACUGAGACCCAUCAGGGACUUUGAGGCACGGCACCUAACCACACCUGAGCGGCUCCGGUUGGCAGGGGCUGUGCUCGGCUCUCCAAACUACCUGCUAACCAUAUGUGCCUGCAUCUUCCACCUUGCCGACUUUGACAUCUGCCUCAUUCUUUGUAAGAGGAUACUUCUCGGUUUCCCAUUCCCUCUUGUUCCCGUCCUGGUGGUGCUCUACACGGCGUGCUACGUUCAGCCCGACAUUGUCAAGUGGGAGACGUCUGCAAGAUUAGGGCGAAAAGAAGCUUCAUCAUGACACCUGACAGCAUGGCAAGGUUGUGUCAUAAAUAACACAACGAUAGUGCAUUAAUAAACUCAACGUCUCUAUA